AUGUUGGACACGUGUGGUCCAGAGAGCUUCCAAUUGGGCAAGACGUUGGGGACGGGCUCCUUUGGGAGGGUCCGAUUCGUGACGCACAGGGACACUGGGAAACACUAUGCGUUGAAGAUACUGAAAAAGAUCGCGAUCGUACGGCUCAAACAAGUUGAUCACAUCAACUCGGAAAAAGCGAUCCUCAAGACCAUACACCACCCUAUGAUCGUCAACCUUUAUGGGUGUUUCCAUGACAGUCGUCAUAUUUAUCUUGCACUGGAGUACGUCGUCGGUGGUGAGUUUUUCACGCAUUUACGUAAAGUGGGGCGGUUCGAAAACGAGACGGCCCGAUUUUACGCAGCUCAAAUUGUGAGCAUCUUUGAAUAUCUUCACUCGAAGAAUAUCAUCUAUCGUGAUCUAAAGCCAGAAAACAUCCUGCUCGCCUCGGACGGUUACUUGAAGCUCACAGACUUUGGCUUUGCUAAAAUUGUCGAACAACGAACGUAUACACUCUGUGGCACACCGGAGUGCAUCGCCCCUGAGGUCCUGCUCAAUAAGGGCCAUGGUAAAGCAGUUGACUGGUGGACCCUGGGCAUCCUUACCUAUGAGAUGAUGGUUGGUUAUCCACCUUUUGUUGAUGAGGACCCAAUGGGUAUCUAUCAGAAAAUCCUGAUGGGUAAAAUAAUCUUUCCGCGUUCCUUCGACAAACACGCCAAGUCUCUGGUCAAGAAACUCCUCACUGCUGAUUUGGCGAAACGGUAUGGGACACUUAGAGGUGGCGUGGAUGAUAUCAAGAAGUGCAGGUGGUUCUCAAGUGUCUCGUGGGAGGCCCUAUACAGGAAGGAGAUCGAGGCGCCUUACAAGCCGAUCGUGAAGUCGGACACGGACACCUCCAAUUUCGAGGACUAUCCCGACUCGGCAGAACUUGCUCCCAUUGUUCCUCCGGACGAAGACCCAUUCGUGUUGUGGUGA